GUGUAGAGCGAGUCCAUGCUUGCUCCGCUUCAGAGUACAUAUACAAUUGCUCUAAAUCAAUUGGAUCAAGUCUCAUUUUAAACAGCCACCUCCAGUCAGUCAGUGGGAUGUCCAGUUCGGAUGUGCUCGCCAGUCCCAGUGGUGUGGACGUGUCCUCCUCUCCCAAAUCACCACUGGCUAAAACCCAGCAACCUGACAAGGACUCCAAACCAGUAACCAAACAGAACCCUGUCCCUGCCUCCCCUCCCCUCCAUGGUCUGAAGCUGGCUCCCCACAGGGAGCUGGAGCAGGCGCAGCAGAGGGGCAGGCUGAAGUGUUCUAGCUGCGGAGGCUCCCGGAUGUUCUUCUGCUACACCUGCUGCUCUUUAGUGGGCGUCAGCCAGCAGGAAAUCCCCUCUGUCAAGCUCCCUAUAAAGAUUGACAUCAUCAAGCAUCCCAGUGAGGUUGAUGGGAAGAGCACAGCCAUACACGCCAAGAUCCUCGCCCCCGAUGAUGUCACCAUCUACACCUACCCCUGCAUACCUGAGUAUGAAGAUGACACAGACAAAGUAGUGCUGGUGUUCCCUGGUCCUGGAUCAGUCUCAGUGGAGGAGAUGACAUGGAGAUUACAGAACCUGGCUGUCAUGAAGUCAGCUGCCUCCCCAGAUGAGGAACCGUCCCCAAAGAGGCCCAGAGCCGAGGAGACGCCAGGGGCCACACAGCAGGCUGAGGGACACACAUCAGGAGCCACACACACAGAAGAGAGGGGAGGGGAAGCAGGGAUAGAGGGCCAGACUGAGACACCAGGGGCCUGUCCCCUCCAGAGAGUGGUGUUCAUCGACAGCACAUGGAACCAGACCACCAGAAUCAUCACAGAUGAGAGACUACAGGCGUUGCUCCGUGUGGAGCUGAAGACCCGGAAGACGUGUUUCUGGCGCCAUCAGAAAGGUUCUCCAGACACCUACCUGGCAACCAUAGAGGCUGUCUACUACUUCCUCAAGGACUACCAGGAGCUGUGUCUGAGACAGGAGUACACAGGACAGUACGACAACCUGAUGUACUUCUACUGUUACCUACACACACUGAUCAACAAGGCUAAGACAACCGCUGGGAGACGCUGAGGCUGCAGGGAGGAGAGAGAGGCCAAAACUACCGCUGAGAGACACAGAGACUGCAGGGAGGAGAGAGAGGCCAAAACUACCGCUGGGAGACACAGAGACUGCAGGGAGGAGAGAGAGGCCAAAACUACCGCUGGGAGACACAGAGACUGCA